UUGAUUUUAUUGUGACACAUACGAGUUAUCAGCUGCGUGAGUUCUGUUAUCAUGGGAAGAGAAUUGUGUUCACUACAGACAUGGUCAGGAAGGUGUUUAAUGUACCAUCAGGUAACAGGGCUGUUGACUUGAUUAACAUGAGUGUUCCAUGCCAGCUGCGUGAUGUUUAUAAGCAGAAUAACCCAAGGCCGCCCAUAAAAAAUGCUGAGAAGGUGUUACUGGAAUGUGACAUUAAAGAUGAGGAAACCAUAGUUAGGAGCUGGGAUCUUCUUGUGCUCGCAACAGUUCUUAACCCAGGCACUGGUAAUAUGUUGUCUAUGGACUAUCUGGGAUGUCUUGCCGACCCUUUCUCCUCAGUGGAGCUAGCUUGGGAUCAGCACAUAUUGGAUGAAUGCACUGGUAAUAUGUUGUCUAUGGACUAUCUGGGAUGUCUUGCCGACCCUUUCUCCUCAGUGGAGCUAGCUUGGGAUCAGCACAUAUUGGAUGAAUGUAUGUUGCAUGUUAAGAAAAUCCAGGAGAAGAAGGCAAAGCUACGGGCAUCAGGUGUCGUGGGUGGUGAUUUCUGGAUAAGUGGUCCUUUGCCAUUCCUUGGGAUUGUUUAUAUAGAUCACUUGCAAUUUCCUCCAAAUGAGUAUGUCAUUGACUAA